GUGGCAGUGUGGACAUUGAACGUUGGUUUGCGGCCAGCCCAUAUACAUGAAGAAGAACAAAACCGACACAGGACAGCGGCGUGAACCCUGUGCACAUAGAGCAUCUUUGACUUUUUUUUAACUACUAUGUUUUCUCUCACUAAAACGCCUUGUAUUUAUUCGCACGUGAUAUGUCACCUCGUGAAGACACAGCUCAACAUGUUGAGCAGAAGGAGCCUGUUUAACCAGCUCAGGAGCUUGUCUCACAUGUCGGGGGUUCGUCCGUCUACCACGCACGCGCUGCUUCCCGUCUGUCAACCUCAAAACAAAUGGUUUGAGAAUAGAGUUGGUGGUGUAAGGUGGAGGAAGAACAUCCACCUGACACAACAGAGGCUGGAGAAACCCCCCCCUGUGCAUAUAAGUGAGCUGUCCGAAGGCGCGUAUGACAAGCUGGCAGAGGAGACACUGGACGCUCUGACCGAUUAUUUUGAGGACCUGACGGAUGAAGCUUUCACCGGAACAGACUACGACGUUGUCUACUCCAGUGGAGUGCUGACGGUGAAGGUGGGCAGAGACCACGGCACCUACGUCAUCAACAAACAGACGCCCAACAGACAGAUCUGGCUUUCUUCUCCCACCAGUGGACCGAAGCGCUACGACUGGACGGGGGAGCGCUGGGUGUACGCUCACGACGGGGCGAGCCUCCACCAGCUGCUCUCUAAAGAGUUCUCCAUCAUCUUCAAUAAAAACAUGGACCUAUCAGACCUGCCCUACUCCUGAGGUCCCACACCUCUCAGGACCUGUGUACAGUAGAACCACAGUGACUCAUGAAGCAAAUGUAUCAGACCAUAAGACGCAGAGAAUAUAUAUAUAUAUAUAUGAAUAUAAUGUACAACAACUCCACAGCAGUUGUAUUUAAAAAGUGAUCUAAACGUGUUGUUAUCUACGUGGUUUAUUAUAAUGAAAUGUGUAUAAUGUAUUUCAUGAUGAUUUCAUUAAAUAUUUG